CUCCCGGCAUCUGCGCGGCGACCGAGGACGACCGGGAAGGGGAGCGGCCGGGAUGGCGCGCCCGCGGCCCCGCGAGUACAAGGCGGGCGACCUGGUCUUCGCCAAGAUGAAGGGCUACCCGCACUGGCCGGCCCGGAUUGAUGAACUUCCAGAGGGAGCUGUGAAGCCUCCAGCAAACAAGUAUCCUAUCUUCUUUUUUGGCACCCAUGAAACUGCAUUUCUAGGUCCCAAAGACCUUUUUCCCUAUAAGGAAUACAAAGACAAGUUUGGAAAGUCAAAUAAACGGAAAGGAUUUAAUGAAGGAUUAUGGGAAAUAGAAAAUAACCCGGGAGUAAAGUUUACUGGAUACCAGGCAAUUCAGCAACAGAGCUCUUCAGAAACUGAGGGAGAAGGUGGAAAUACUGCAGAUGCAAGCAGUGAGGAAGAAGGUGAUAGAGUAGAAGAAGAUGGAAAAGGCAAAAGAAAGAAUGAAAAAGCAGGCUCAAAACGGAAAAAGUCAUACACUUCAAAGAAAUCCUCUAAACAGUCGCGGAAAUCUCCAGGAGAUGAAGAUGACAAGGACUGCAAAGAAGAGGAAAACAAAAGCAGCUCUGAAGGUGGAGAUGCCGGCAAUGACACAAGAAACACAACUUCAGACUUGCAGAAAACCAGUGAAGGGACCUAACUGCCAUAAUGAAUGCUGCAUAUUAAGAGAAACCACGUGAAGGUUAUACGUUUGGUUGUCCCAUAUUCUUGGAUUUGAUAUGAACCAACACAUAAUCCUUGUUGUCAUUGACAGAAUCCCAGUUUGUAUGUACAUUAUUCACAUUCCUCUCUGUUGUGUUUUGGGGGAAAAAAAGACAUUUUAGCCUUUUUUAAGGUUAUUGAUUUAAUUUUAUGUUAUUUGGUUGCAUGAAGUUGCCCUUAACCACUAAGGAUUAUCAAGAUUUUUGCACAAAUUUAUACAUGUCUAGGAUCCUUUUAUCAAGGCAGUUAUUUUCAUCAUUCUGCUGCCUUUACUCUAUCAUCACCAAACACUCAGUUAAAUAUAAAUUAGCAUUUUUUUAAGAUGACCACUCAACAUAAUGCUUAAGGAAUUUUCUCUCUGUGACAGAACCCAAGAACCAAUUCCUUGAUACAUAAUGUUGGCAUAUUGAAGAUGAAAUUAAAAUUGUCCUUCAGUUUUGAGGCCAUUUGUAAAAUUUAAUCAUAUUGUAAAAUAUCUAUUCUGUAUUAGAAAUAGCUAGUUGAUAGCUUAUACUUCUCAAAACUCAUGUUAUGUACACAAACUCAGUUUCUAUAUGUGAAGUUAGUGAGUCUUUUGUGUUACUCCAAAAUAAAGGCAAUGAUUUAUUUUUUCCCAAUACAAUUUGAGCUAAUCACUCAAGGUGGAUACUUUACAUUUUAAAGCUGGAACCAGCAGUAGCCCUAUGGGAAACCAGACAAAGCAUUGACUUUUAAAUAUAGACUUUUAAAAUGAACUGUUGUUUUCUUUUGGAACUAGAAUUAGAAUAGUUAAUAUUCAUCCACAAACCAUUAUUAUGUGUACAUUAUUGUUGCUAUUGUGAUAAUAGAGAAUUUUAUUUAUUUUUAUGCCAGCUUAUAUUGUGAGAACACAUUUAGUCAGUUUGGGUUUUAUCAAUCCUGUUAUGCUUGUCUUUGGAACAUCUUUUGCGUAUUCAAGGUUUGUAGUUGAAAAGUUUACUGUAAAAAAAAUCAAAAACAAAAAAAUGUAUUGUUUUUACAGAAUAAAUUUAUUGGAAUGUGUA